AUGCCCUUCAGAAUCGCCGCCGCCUCCAUCUCCUCCUCGUCACGAAAGGAUGCCAGUCCCGCCGCUGCGCACUCGACCGGCCUCAUCAAGAAGGAGCGCAAGGAAGUUCCUCUGCCUAGCCAGGAGGGCACCAAGGGUGUUAUGCAAUACGCUCUGUACGAUUCCCGCUCCCACACCCACAUCCCCAACCGCCUCAACGUUCCAGAUCCAUACCCGCAUCGAAGCCACCUCUCCAACGACUAG